AAGAAACUGCGAUGGACGCGGUCUCGGCGAGGAACCGAGAGAAAGAGGACGUGGUGUCCGCUCGAGGCCGUCGCUGCUCGCGAAGAGGACUCGGAGACAGUACCCGUUGAAGGAACAAUCUACCACAGAAGGGAGAAUUCUUCCGUGGUACACGCGCCGCAGUUCAUCGGGAAUCUUCGUCAAAAUUGCAUCCCUCAUCGUGCAGUCCUCGCAGACAUUGCUAGUGUGGUUAUUUCCUUUUUCCUACACGUGUUGCCGGUCACCGAACGAGCCAAGCGCAAGGAUAGAAGAAGAGCGAACGGGAAGAUCAUGUUGACGGUUCUGAUCGCCGGAUUCUGCACGGUUGCCGCCACCGUUGCCCAGGAUUACGAGGUCUCUGACAUUCAGUGCAGCGGUGCAGGAUCAGCCGCUGAUUUGCUGACAGCAAAGAUCAAAAGGCCAGUCGGCUUCAGAGGGGCGCCGCUUUUUGCCGACGACAGAUCCGCCAAUCCGCUCACCGACAUUCACUGCCAGAUCAGGCCAGAUCCCAAUGAUCCUCAGGAAGAUAACUAUUUCCUGAAGGUUACUGACUUCUCGAGAUGCGGUGUCCUGAAGAGAAACGGAUUCAUUCACCUGAGAAUAUGGUUCCCCGCAUUUUCCGGCGUUGUAAUGCUGGCCGAUCAAGAACUGAUCCUCAUGUGUCGACCGCCGGAACCGACAUUACUACGGCAUAAGGCCGCCGGUUUUGCGGGCACGUUCCCACACGGAGCAAGGGUGUCGGGGGUGGUCGAAGAAACCCCGGGCCGUUUGGAGUACGAGGUGGCUCUUUAUCGGGAAGCUACGGGAAAUGUGUCGGACGCAUCCGGAUCUCAAACCGUCGAUCAAGCAGUCCCUAUCGGCACAAAGCUCCAGCUGAGAGCACGAAUCAGCUCGGACAGCGCAUGGGGAUACAUUAAACUCUUGGAGGUGACUGUCAGUCCUGAUCCUGAUCAGCCUCACGCACCGGGCAGUGUCGUCCUCGUGAAAGACGGCUGCAGAAAUCGAGACUUUGCCUCGAUAAUUCCUCAUCAGCCGGCUCGAUAUCGGGAGAGGAAAAAUGAGGUUUUCCUCGACUUCGAGGCGUUCCUCCUGAGCUCGAUGAGAGAACGGUCCACUUUGUGGAUACACUCGCAGAUUAAAGCCUGCAUGGAGCCGCAGGACUGUCAGCCGGAUUUCUGUCUGGACCUGUUCGAGCCAUCGGGUCACGGUAAAAGGAGAAAACGAUUUUUAACAGAGGAAUCACCUAUAUUUCUUUCCAAAGACAGGCGUUCGAUAAAAGAGUACAAUGAUUCGACGCCGUCCACAAAAUUCAAAGAAAAUAUCGAGUACACAGUAACGAUGCCCGACGAUCUAUAUCAAAAAGUUACCGCCGGAUUUGAAAACAGUUGCGGCAGCUUUCUUUACGUUGCUACCGGGUUGGGUGCACUUCUCGCCUUAUCGGCCUUUAUCAUGUGUUAUCUUGCUUCUCGUUUACACAAUUUAUCGUCGACUAUACCGCAAAAUAAAUCAAUUGACGAACUUAUCCGAGACCGAGCGAGAAAAUAUUCAGAGACAACUCAAGGCUACACCGGUCGAUCAACAGUACAAUAGCGAAGUAUUGCACAUUGUGUGCAUCAUACUUGGCCGAACACAUCACAGAAACCUUGUAUGCAAACUUGUUAUAAAAAGAAAUAUAAACGUUGUUUUUUUUCUUUAUGGAAACAUCAUUACAAGAAAUUAUUAAAAACACUAUAUAUAUAUAUAUAUAUAUAUAUAUAACGUAUAAUUUAUGUAAAUAAUACGUAUACAAGGUGAAUCACUUAUCCCAAAUAACUUCUUCACACGUAAGCAUUAGUUUCGCACGACUCGAAUGCUCCAAUAUGUUCAAAGUGUAAAUGAUUAAGACACGUCGUUAUCUGCAACGUCGUGUAGACGAAAAUGCUUCAUAACCGCUGUAAUUUAUAUUGUAGACACAUAUGUACGUGUCUACAAAUUCAUGUGAUAACAGAAUGAUAACGCUUUAAAUCAUUAAUCUCGUUCUUGCAACGACAUCAUUUUGCAUUCAGAAUACAUAUUGUACUACAUUUUUGAAUGGAUCAAUACGUUCCAAGAAACGACACACUUUAAAACAUACUCGAAACACUUGUAACAGUUUUUAGAAUGAAACAAUACGAAGAAGUUGUCUGAGUUAUGUACACGAGUAUUAUUUGAAGUUGGAAAAUGUAAUAAAACUGAAUAGAUUUAUAAUAGAAAUAUUUUUACUGAUAUAUAUAUAUAUAUACUUACAAUGUUGAAGUUGCAAGGACAAAUUUCUCUUAAUUUCCAAACGCUAACGGAAGUUGGACUUCUUCGCUGUUGCUAUCUCAAUCAAUGAUUCACCUUGCACGUUCUUUACAGACAGGUGCACAGAAAAUUUAUUACCUUUCAAUUUUCGCACUCGAUAUUUACGACAUUUUCACUCACUUUAAAGUAAUUUUUACCGGUAAAUUUAUCGAGACGUACCACCAGUGCUAUUACGUGACCUGAAAGAAUCUUCAUUUAUAAUGAUAAUUUGAAACUCAAUGUAGAAUAAUAAUUUAGAUUCGUGUUUCAUAAAGUGACUUUAUAAUUCCGACACAAUGUAUAUACAUACACAUGGUAAAAUAUUUAUAUUUAUAAAUAGAAACUGAAUGUCCAAGGAGGCCUAUACCAAGAUUUCCUUUGGCAAUCAAUUAAUUAAAGUAUAAAAAAAAUAAAUAGAACAACAUAACAUCUAAUUGUGUACAUGACCGCGCGAUCCAAUUAUUUAUUAUAGAAUAAGCUACGAUUUUGUACUCGUGCAUGCGAUCAUAACAUUCGAAACAUCGAAUUCAUUGUAAAAAUGUUAAUCGGUCAUUUGAUUUUGUUUUUCAAAGCUUCAUAACAUAUUGUACUGUAUUAUAUUUUUAUAAGUAUAUAGUGCAACGUUUAAUAACAGGGUGCAAACGCACAACAAUCUAUAUGUCCGAAUAUAAACGACAGUUAAUAAUA